UUCCAAAUAAUGUUUUCUGACUGACCUGUCCGAUGUCUUUCCCAUGGAAGUCUUUCUCCGCAGAAUUGCUGAAAUGGCUACAUCGACUCGUGGAGGAGGAGCAUUCAGAAACAGGCGGCGCGUUCGUCGUUGAUCUUCUGCGGCGCGGAGCCCUUCCAUUGCUCUUCUACGCGAGGAAGGCCAAGAACGCCAUUCGGAGCAGAGGAAACGAUGCCAAUGAAGGGUGCAGCGCCACCCGGGACGUAGUAAGCGCUCUUCUUUGCAUCCGGCUGUUAGCGCAACAGCUGCAAAGCAUGGUGCAAAGUGAAAGCGAAAGUGGAGCAGAAGCAGAAGAAACCGAAGGGCCAAGUCCAAAGAGAAUGAAAGCAACGCCUUCCGCGCCGCCUGUGUUACCAUCUGCUUCCAAGCUGCGACAGAUGGACCCCGAACUGGUGGAUUUGGCGCUGGUGCUGGCACAUUGGGUUUCCACUGAAUGGUGCUCUCCACGUGUCGAGGUCGUCGACUACCUGCCCUGCUGUUGCGAUGAGACCUCGAGUUUUCUUCUGUCGACCGGCUGCGACCAUCUGAAGUUGAAGGCCGUCUUGGACGUGGUGCUGUUUGCUCCAAUGCCAGAUGGUCAGGAGAUAGGACGGCAGCGCUUGCUUCAUCAUGGUCCAUGGCUUAGUUUCAGCCCAGUGCCUGGAGGGUGGCACACAUUAUAUCCUGCAGGUGCUGCUUUGCAUCGAUGGGAAGAAGUCACCGCCGCGGGGCUGCUGUUGCUGGCAGCGGCUAGGACUUUCAACGAAACGUCCGAAGGAUACCAGAGCAAGGACCAACGCCGUCCAACUCGUCCUGCUCUUUUGGUCUAUGGUGCCUGCGAUGGGCUCUUGGCCUCCUUUCUGGCGCACCACGCGCCAGAGGUGCAGGUGGACGUGCUGGAGCCAACCGAUGACAACGAAGAGAGCGGUACCUUCACGUUGCUUUCGAAGCACUUCGAUUUGAGACUGGGUGCUGCUGGGCUUCUGCAGGGCAGCCGCCGAUUGCUGCGAGACUCGACCGCGGAGACGGGUCGACACCGCGACACCGAGAAGGCACCGGGCGCAGUGCGAACGCCGGGGUCGAUGGAGGGGUGUGGAGAGUUGACCCAAGAGGGACUGUAUGAUGGCAUCGUUGUGAUGAAACCCUUUGGAGCUGAAGAGGGACGUAUUUCUUCGCUGAGGCUUGAUGAAGUAGUGCCUUCUUUGCGUCAAGGAGGCUUGCUGCUGGUGGAGUCCGAACGGGAUCAGUGCAGGAGCGUGGAAAGCUUGGGAGAUGUCGUGGAGCUGAACGACUUACUUCAGGAUGGCGAGGACGAGGAGGCCACCGAUGCCACUGUGCUUUGCAUGGUCACUCCCACCAGAACACAGGACCCUUCGCUCGCGUUCGAGGAGGUCAUUUGCCCGGAGAAGUGGUUUGAAUUGCUUCUGGAACGCGGAGGAGUGCGUGGAGGAGCUCCAGAUGUUCUCGACGCACAAACGACUCAGGUGGUUCCUGCUGGAACGAUUGGCACAGAGGACUUGGCCACCUUGAAACGUCUGGCGGACUCGGCGCGAAACGCCGGACUCGCUUGUGAGGUGCGUUCACCGAACUCGGAGAACUGGCAGGUGACGUUCCUGCAGACGAAUGGAUUCUUUGAAGAACAUGCCCCCGAGCUGCUGGAGCGCUUCACCGCGCUAGCCCGGUCGGUGGCCUUGAGACAGAAGUGGGUCACCCAAGCUCAAGCAGAUCGGUUCCAAGCGAGGGUCAUUGAGUGGCACCAGCAGGAGGCACCAGGACCUGGCAUCCCGGACCCCAGGCACUAUGACAUGGAUAGUUUGGUCACAGUAGAUGUCAUGUGCUCUGCACCAGGCAUCGACUUUUUGGGUGGCCAGCUGCAGACGCUGGAAGUGGAGGGUCUCAAGGAACACCGCUUUCAGCUUUAUGAGAUUCUGAUCUUUCAGGCACAUAAGUACCACUGUGUCGCCCCAGUGGUGCAGGGAUGUCGACGUGCACUGGUCUUGGAGUUCUGGGAUGGUCCUGCACGACGUUGCCCUCACAGGUGCACCAGCUUCGAGCGCUUCUGUCCGCAGGAGCCGCAGAAGAGGCACAGCCAGCAAGAGAAAUGCGAAGAACAAAAGAAAGCUCUCGGAAGGCUUCUACCCUUCCGCCUCGCUGCGCGCAAAGUCUCUGUGUCGCCCUCGAGACGGUCCAUGAGUCUCUUGUGGCAGUGCAACGAACCCACACAAUGAUGCCAGGUCUGGAAAGCAGUCUCUGCGCACUCCUGUCAAAGACACAGCUAUGCAGCUGGACUGUGGACAAGCUCUGAACUGCGUAGAAAUCCUUUUCAGAAGGAUUUAGAGAUUCUGGUGCUCUGGAAAAAGAUCCGAGCAUCCCUUUGUGACCAACCCAUCUUCCAUCGAGAGAAGGGUCCCCGGGAUCGAUGAAGGGUCCCAGGAUUGCCGCUCUGAAUUGCUCUGAUCACAUCAUUUGCACCCUGACUCACUGAGAAGUGGAGAAUGGCCCGAAGAAGGCUACUUUCCUCUAGAACAGGCACCCUGCCAUCCACUUCCACUUGAGUGAGUCCGAGUUUAUAUAUUUAUUAUGUUGAUGGCAGAGAACUGAAAGCUGUCCUGCACUUGGAAAACCGAAUUUCUUCAAGUGUGAGACUCGUUAA